AUGCGACCUUUAACGUCAAACCAAUCUUUUGAAUUCCUCUCCGAAUCUUCCUACGAUUACUCGGCGUCGACAGUUGCAUCGACAUCAUUGGACAGCUUCAUCAGCCAAUCAGAUCUCAGUGAUUCGAACAUCCUUUCGUCAUUGGUCGAAGAUCUGGUUAAUGACGUCAUAUUAUCAACUAAUCACCAGUUUUCGGCGUCAGGAGUGGUCUGUGAUGUCACAACGGAACACAUUGAAAAGGGAACUAAAAACGCCUCUGUUUUGGCUGGUGAACUAGAGAAGAUACGUGUUAAAAAAGAAAACUCCUCCAACGAAAGUCAGAAGCACUUAUCGACGAUCAGACAGGAGAAGAAGCCGCAGUACAAGACACUAAUGAAGAUCCGAAAGUAUGAAACUGUUGAUGGCCAGAAGCAGGUGUCUGUCAGUUCGAAGAUCAUCAUAUCUGGACAGGAGAAUAAGAAAGUGAAUGACCACAACUUAUGGAAAGCCGACCUGAGGGAGAUGAAAAUUCUUCAGAAGGUAGAGAAUAAGCAGUGUCAGAACCUUGCUGAGAAGCAUUCAGCAGCCAUUGAACAAUUGACGAAGAAAUUUGAAUCAGAUAAAUUGGUACAUCUUGUUAUUAUUUCUUGUUGUCAGUGUCGUCGCUUGUGGUUUCUGACUCUUUCGAUCACUCUUCUGAAAAGCAGUGAAGUUCGCUUGGAGCAGAUAGUCAAGAAGCACAAAGUAUUGAUGGUGAAGAUGGAGGCGACACAAGUUAACGAGACCAGGCAGUUCAAUAGCAAGAUCAAGAUGGAACAGACGAAAGAAUUGAAAGCAUUCAGGGAUGGUCUGAAGAACGAGAUGAAAAAGUUGAAGGACUCGGUGGGCAGUGAGAGUGACUGCAGCAGUAGCAACAGGGAGAACAUGAAGGACCUGCUGAAGAGGAGGAAGGAACAGAAGGAGGCAGAACACGAAGAAAAGGACCGCAAGUUCGUGGAGCUGCAGAAGGAAAACUUGGAGAAGGCUACAAAAUCCUUGCUGCAGACGCAAAGAAACGCCAUGUCGAAACUGGAAAAGAUGAUGUUGCAGGAAAAACAACAUCUACUUAAAUUGAGAGAAGGAGAAUUAUGGGAGAUGGAGGAGAAGCAGAUGGAGGAGAUGAACAAGCUGGUGAAGAUGCAACUGAAGGAUUCAUUCUUUCUCAAGAGGAACCAGAUGAUGGACAGACAAGAAAAGGAAAUGGAAUUGUGCCAUCGAGCAAACAAUCGGCAGAAAGAGGAAUUGAACUGUAGUCAGCUGAUCGAGAAGAAGAGGUUACCUAAGAUCCAGAAGGCUGACUGCAAGACGAGGAUUGCCAUGUACAGGCAGAGUCUUAAGAUCGGAUCCAUGCCGCCUCUAAAUGCCGAUGAAGAAAAGGAGAAAAUAAAAAUGUUCGAGGAGAAGGAGAAGGAGAGGAUGAAGGCAGACACGCAGAGGAUGUUGGAGAGGCAGAAGAAGCAGAAGGCACAACUGCAGGAGAGGAUCAAUGCCUCCGUCAAGGAACUCGAGCUCAUACAGAACGAGAAGAGGAGGAUGUUGAUAGACUUUGAGAUGCAGAAGAUGAAGACGCUGGAGGAAGAUUACCAUGAUGAGGUUCGGAGAUGGAAGGCUGAACUUCCUAUCAGGAAGAGGAGGCUGGAGCAAGAUUUCGCUCAACAGCAGCUUGAACAAGAACGUUUCUACAGCCUCUCUGUCUCUCCCACCAUUGCCGUCUCUACAAUCAACUCGAGGAUACUCAACUCAGAUUGAUUGAUUGAUUGAAAAAUUGAGUGAUUGAUUGAUUGAUUGUUUGGUUGAUGGAUUGAUCGUUU